GUUUCUCCAAAUUAAGCCACCAUCUCUGAAUUCAGCGUCAGUUUUACUCUACACUAUAGGGACUUUCUAUUCCGUGCUGUGGAGUGCACCCGUAGCUCCACAUUUAAAACAGCGUAAGCGUUCACAGCAACCACAAUAUUUCAGCGUAUCUCCUCCCCCGAGCUGUCAAAAUAGAGGCGCUUACAAAGAGGAGAACGUCACAUCCCCUUGACCCUCCAAUCACCUCAGGGUCCCAUUUGAUUGGAAGGCGGCAAAGGCUUUAAUCUCGGACUAAUUCAGCUGCUUUUGAAGUGAAAAUUUCUACCAGUUCGUACUUCGGGAGUACAGAGCGAGGACCUGCAGACAGACGCACACAAGGCGCAGCGCUCAUGGUGCAAGACGCAGCCACGGAUCUGCGAUAACCUCGCACGGUCUCCUGCAGCUGCCGCGCCUUGCUCCUUUACUACCAGGAUUACCUAUUAUUGAAGCAUUUUACGCUUUUCCCCCCCCGAGAGAGGGUUUUGACGCUUUCUUGAUUUUCUUAAUGAAUCUGACGAAAGCAUCGCCGUUUCAUUUCCUGACAAUUGGGACAUGAUCACAUCGCCCUCGGCGUCUAUCCUGAAAAAUAGUGAUAUUUGUGUAGCUUGGGAAAGCAGCAGUUCACGGAAUAGCAGCUCAGCGAGCAUCAACAAGCCUUUUCUCCACUCCUCACCUCCGUCUGAUCCACUACGGCAAGCAAACCGACUUCCCAUCAAGGUUUUGAAAAUGCUUACCGCACGGUCGGGACACAUUUUGCACCCGGAGUAUCUGCAGCCUUUGCCUUCUACCCCGGUUAGUCCCAUCGAGUUAGAUGCCAAGAAAAGUCCGCUGGCUCUGCUGGCGCAGACGUGCUCUCAGAUCGGCAAACCGGACCCACCACCCUCCUCCAAAUUAUCCUCCGUCACAUCAAAUGGAUCUAGUGAGAAGGAAUCUAAAUCCGGUCCUUUGAAACUAAGCGACAUCGGUGUGGAUGACAAAUCUAGCUUCAAACCAUAUUAACCUUCAGAUAAGAAGGACUCGUCUUCGGGCGUCUCGGGUGGAGAGAAGUGGUUCCGAGUGCCGAGCGCCACCUGCCAGCCGUUUACGCCGCGGACAGGCAGCCCCAACUCCUGCACUUCAGCCUCCCCCAUGCCAGCAGAGGGGAAAUGUGGGGACAGGGAUGAAAAGAAAGAGUCUGAUUGUAAUAAAAAUGGCACUACGGACGGGUCUGGCACCACUAGCCACAGCAGGAUAAGCGUGAGUUGUGGUGGAAUAAACGUUGAGGUCAAUCAGCACCAGGAGACGACACCUGGCACUAAAACCACGUCCUCCUCGGACUCCUCUUCUGUAACUUCUGUAUCCUCCGCAUCCGUUCUUGGGUCAGGACUUGUGGCGCCGGUUUCUCCUUACAAACCGGGACAGACAGUUUUCCCUUUGCCUCCUGCUGGGAUGACCUACCCAGGUAGCUUGGCCGGGGCCUAUGCUGGUUACCCCCAACACUUCCUGCCCCACGGAGGGAGCUUGGUUAACGCACAACUGGCCAGUUCUCUGGGCUGCAGUAAGGCCGGAUCCAGCCCUUUGGCCGGGGCUUCCCCUCCGUCCAUCAUGUCGGCCAGCCUGUGCAGAGACCCUUACUGCCUCAGUUACCAUUGUGCCAGUCACUUAGCGGGCGCAGCCGGUGCCUCUUGCACACACGACUCUGCAGCUGCGGCGGCCGCUAAUGCCCUCAAGUCCAGCUACCCACUAAUGUACCCGACACACCCCAUCCACGGCGUUCACUCCACGGCACCUUCAUUUAGCGGACACCCCCUGUACCCGUACGGUUUCAUGCUCCCCAACGACCCUCUCCCUCAUGUUUGUAACUGGGUGUCGGCAAAUGGACCGUGCGACAAGCGGUUCUCCUCUUCGGAAGAACUCCUGAACCACCUGAGGACACACACAGCUUUUACUGGGGCUGAGAAGUUGAUAUCUGGGUAUCCCGGGUCCUCAUCUCUGGCCAGCGCUGCAGCAGCGGCCAUGGCCUGCCAUAUGCAUAUGCCCCCGUCAGGAGCCCCAGGGAGCCCCGGGACUUUGGCUCUCAGGAGCCCGCAUCACGCGUUAGGACUCAGCAGCCGCUACCAUCCGUACUCCAAAAGCCCCCUGCCCACCCCCGGUGCCCCAGUCCCCGUCCCUGCAGCCACCGGCCCCUAUUACUCCCCUUAUGCACUGUACGGUCAGAGACUCACCACAGCGUCUGCGCUGGGAUACCAGUGAGGACCAGGACUGGGCAAAGUUUAUAGAACUAAGAAUGCAAAUAGAAAGACUUUUAUAUUAACUGCGCUAAACUUAUGGGCGGGAUCCGUGGACUUCAACUGUAUUUAUUUAUAUGUCGGCUUAAAAGCAGGCGAUAAUAGCUGCAAAUGGAGAAUAUUUGAGCAACUCAAAAGUGCAUUAUGUUGAAACUGAUCUCUAUAGGUAAAGUGAAAACACACACAUGUUAGAGUACUAAUUAAAGUAGGGGUCUUCAUUUCGAUGUUAAUUUGAAAUUGCUAUGAUUGUAUUUGUUCUUAUUUAAUGUCUCAUUGAAAAGAAAAUAAUUUACAUGCAUGUUUGUUUCUUAAAUUUCAAAUUGUCCACAUUUUAAAUUGCCGUUAUUUUUCAGGUGUAUACCUUGGAAAGAGAAUUGGUAUUUUUUUGUAUGUAUUCUGGAAAAAAUAAGAAACAAUUCUGUUCCAUAUCUCCGUGUGCCUCAUUUCCUGGCGUAUAUGAUUAAUGCACUUAUCAUUUAUAUUUUAGAAGAAUUUAAAUUAAGCCGGUUGAUGUUGUAAAUUCUGUUCAGGCCCAUAUGUUAAAAAAAAUUAACAAACGUACACACACACACACACACACACACACAACACACACACACACACACACAAACAGGUCAAUGCGGUGUAAAGCUUUUUUUUUUUUUUUUUGCUUCCUUGCUUUAUGGUUUACUAUAUUCUUAUAUACUUGUUUUAUGCCAAAUAAUUUCAAAGCUUUAGGCCUGUGUUUUAACCAGAGCACACGUGUUUUAAAGUCAGAACUGUGUAAAACUUACAGAGCGAACUGGUUUUGUGUGUCGUUGUGUGAGUGUGUGACAGAUACACACACGCAGGUAAACUGGUUUUAUAAAGUGAAUUUAAUUAUGAUGUUAAGUCUGCUGGUGGGUAAUUUUAUCGCUUAAUUUAGGACGUGUCGUUUUCGGACAGGUGUUCGUACUAAGUUAAAAUUGGGAAACACGAGAA